UUUCGAAAAAUGUCCACCACAGAAAGCGUAAAACUCAACAUUUGGAAUCCAACCAAAAGAUCCUGUAUAAAGAAGCCAACCUCACCUGGGAUUGCCAUUGAUCCUUAUAAUGCUCAUAAAGGAAAAAGUAGAAAGAAUGGUAACAAAAGCAGAAAAGGUCUAGAGGAAGGAGGAAAUGAAAAGGCUUGCAAAAUCAGUAAACAGAAUCAUUCAUGUUCACCGCCGAAGUUUCGACGUUACACCGAGGAUGAACUGAAGAGCAUUUAUGGAACAAGGGAACAGAGAAAAAUCGAAGUCACAUUUGAUUUUGAGGAUUCAGAGUCAAGUGAAGACGAAAUUCAAGAAACGAUUGCUGGUGUGUCGAAAGCAUGUUAAUUAUCCCAUUUGGACACCAAAAGACCAUUUUCUUGCCUGUUUUCAAAUUCCUUCUACUGCUAACUACUUAUGUGCUACAUGCAUGAAAGAUCUCAUUAAUUGUAUAUGCGCAUCACAUACUGUGAAUCAUUUUAGCACGGGGACAUACUACCUAUUUUCAACCUGAUGAAGCUGAAGUGUUUUACGAAACUAAUUAACACAGAGCUGUUGAAUUAAGUGUCAUAACGAAACUCGCACAGGAUUUAGAAAACUAAACAACGUCAAUUCAGUAAAUGAAAUUGUUUUAUAAUUUGCAUGUUUCCUUCGUAAACUCCUCAUCACUUUUAAGGCUUCUUACUUAAAGUAGAUUUAGAAUAAAGAGCAUGAAAAGUUACGCAAGUAAUAAUAGAGUUAAAAAAAGUUCCUAUCGAAAGGUUUUAUGUACUGGUGUAAAUUAAGGUAGUUAUCGUUUUUCCAUCCGCUCCCUGAAUCAAUCGACAGUCACAUGACACAAUGAUGCGCGCGCAUGACCCGUUGGAUUUCAGUGGCUCGAGCAACACUAAAGACAUUUUUUUUACCCUCAGGUCUUUGUGCAUUUUUCAUUUAUGCAAUUAAGCAAAGAGACUUGCAUUGAUGUGACAAAAGUGCUAGUUCAGGAACGGUCGCCAAGAAAUCGUUUUUCAGUUUAGUUGACAUUUCAAAGUAUUAUCAUUUAAAUCAUUCCGGUCAACAAAACUCAUUUGCACGACACAGAGAACUUCUACUGACAAAAUUGUGACCCAAGUUCGUUUCUCCUGGGAAUAGAAACAAAUUGAGAGUAGUUUAGUGUGGUCUGGACACUUAUCGACAACGAUUUUCGUCGAAUAUCGACAACGGCAAAUUAGCCUACCAGAUUGCGACAAAAAUUAAAUUGGAUGAAAUUUCUGGAGGUUUUGAAAGGCGGGGAAUAAAAUCAAGUCUUGGAAUGGGAAUUCGAAGCUAGGUCCAUCUACAGUUUCUUGCUGUGACCGAAACGGCGCUACUAAAGGGGUUCCACGACCAAGGUCGCUUUCGUGACAGUUUGCUCAGAGAAACCUGGCACUAGUUGUCGUGGACAAAUCUUAGUGCGACCACCACAUUUGAGACGUUUGUCAAGUUUCUUUAGCUGAGUGGAGGGCUGUGAUGUUGUGAUGGUGAGUUUUAACCUCCUAACCUCUUUAAAAAGAUAUUUUAACUCCUCAGCUUAGAAGUUAAUUGUCUAGAAUCGAAAUGUCUCUGUAACAUUUGAAAUCAUGACUAAAUCUUAAAUUAUGGCCAAUGACUCAACUGGAUGAGGAAGUCGGGUUUUGUAGAUGACUUACAAGAUACACCUAUAUAGAUGAGAUGACGGAUGUUUUUCUUUUUAUUGAGAUUUGGUUUUGCCGAUAUACCAAGCCUCUCCGGGAAGCCUGUUAUGGGGUUAAGGGAAAUGCGCCGUUAGUUGCGUAUAUUGAUUUGAUAUGAUGCCUAGUGUUAAUCUCCGUAAUUGAUGUAUUUGGACUUAAAUCAAAGACACUUUACAGAUUGACCCGGCUUAUUGUACAAGGCUAUAGGUAUAUCUUUUAUGAAAUGAAAAAACUUGUUGUCUUCCUCGUGGAAGGGAUACUCCAAAGAUAUGACCACCGUAGUUUAUUAUCAAGUUUUUGUGAUUUUUCAAGAAUACGUCUUACUUCGCGUUUAACUGCAUCAGCCAAUUUGACCCUUUUCCAUCUUAACAUCAGUAUGCACAUUCUCCAUGCUGUUCCCCAUACAGUUCCUGGGGUGCUGAUAUGGAGAAUUGGUCUAGCAAUCAAGAGCUUCUUUA